CUCAUCCUUCUCAAUUACGUCGAAGUAGUGAUCCCGCUCGUCUUCACAAUUUACUUGAUAGUCACGUAUCAAUUGCCCAACAGAGACUAUUACGCUGUAUUUGACGGCAUGGAUGGAGCACAGCUCGUCCAGACCUUGCAAAACGUAAUGUUCUACUGCUCCCUGCAGCUGGCGUCAUUGCUACUUUUAAUCUAUAUGCUAAGGCGAAUGCUUGGGCUUCCACCAACAAGGCAGCUAGCGUUUGUCCUGGAGAAGCAGUUCCACUGGGUGCAGACUAGCCUCGUUUUCUGUGUCUUUUACAACGUCCAGGCAUCUCUGAAGCACUGUGGCUACGACUACAGCUUCCGGUUUGCGUAC